AUGCAGUUCGCCAAGUCUCUUCUGCUGCUGGCAGCCCUGACCACUGGAGCGGUCUCUCGCCAGGUCGGCCACGAGCGUCGCCAGGCCGCAACCACCACCGCUUCUUCCGCUAGCUCCUCGUCCUCGUCCGGUGCCAGCUCGUCCUGGACCGAUGUCCCCUCGACCUUCUCGCGCGCCGGCUUCGGUACUGCCACCAACUCCUCCGGCUCCGGGGUCACCUACACCGGCAACGUCGGCAGCCCGUACGGCAGCAACAUCCAAGAGGUUUCCGCCUCCGAUGCCAGCAACUACGAGUACGUUGUCCAGUUCCAGGGUGACAACACCGAGGACUGGACCGUCGCCAUCUGGAACAAGUAUGGCUCGGAUGGCCAGAUGGAUGGCUGGUAUGGCAACGCCUGCCUGACCUUCACUCUCGCCGCCGGCGCUACCAAGUACGUCGCCUUCGACUACGACACCCAGGGUGGCUGGGCUGCGGCCUCCGGCUCUUCCAUCCCCACCUACAACGGUGGAUACGCCACCACCUGGGGUGAGUUUGACUUCGGCUCCACCACUAACAGUGGAUGGUCUGGCUUCGAUGUUUCUGCCAUCUACGCUCAAAACGCUGGCACCACCGUCCAGGGAAUGAAGAUUUGCGAUGCUCUCGGCUCCACCUGCUCGUCCAUGACCGCGGACGCGGCCUCUGUUGACAACGCCUACACCACCGCCGAGACCGACGUGGGUGGCAUUGGCGGCAACCUGGCCGCUGGUGCCGUCCGUCUGGCCGCGACCCUGGACUACAGCGGUUAA